CGAACAUCGAGGUCCCCAUUUCAUUGACUCCAGCUGGACUCGAUCCGGAAACGCGGGUCCUUUGCCUCCCUAUGAUUGGGGGUAUUCAAGUACUACUACUCAGCCUGCUGGACAGCGCCCACAAGUUGAAGAAGAUUCACGGCUAGACUAUGUUGUUGAGAGUCACAACUCUCACGAAAAUGACAAGAGUCAGGGUGGCGUGUCUUCUACAGGCGCUCAAAAUUGCACGAGUGUCCAGCUGUUCUUGUUACCAAAAAGCUUGCUCAUCUCAAGACUCACACAAGACUAUUCAAAUGCACCAAGACUGGUUGCAAUGCAAGUUUGGUACUUGGGAAGGAUUGUACCCGCCACGUCAAUGAACAUCAUGGCUUUACUUGAUGGUAUUGUAGCUUUCCGGGAUGAACGUACUAAAUGGCUCGCGAUGGGACGGCGCGGAGAACCAACGUUGAAAGGCAUGCAAGGACAUGGCAUAAGCAGCAGGAUCCAACUUUAUAGCACACAGUUGCAAGACAUACCGCCCUUGCCCUUGUCACUCGCCCCUUCAAUAGCAGCCCAUUCGCUGUCAACGCCAGACUCUUUACAAAUUGAGAUUGAUCAAACAACUCAUCGUCUUGAACUCCUCAAUUUCUUCCAUAUUCCACCUUCAUCUAAUAUUCUCGAGAUUGGGUGCGGUCAAGGCACAUGCACCGUUGUCUUGGGUCAUGUCAUUGGGGAAGAUGGCCAUGUUGACGCCAUCGACCCCGCACCUCUUGAUUACGGUGCACCAUACACCCUCGGCCAAGCACAAGAACAUAUCGCCAAAGGCCCUUUGAGCGGUCGUGUAAAAUUCUGGCAGAAUCAGCUCGAGGAUUUUCUGCAAAAGACCGGAGACAAGGCGUGGGACUAUGCAGUCUUUGUGCACUGUUUAUGGUACCUCGAUGCACCUGAAACCCUUGCACGUAUGCUCCGAGCGUUGAAGGGACGGGUGAACAGAAUCUGCAUCGCUGAGUACGCCAUGAAGGCAUCUGAGCCAGCCGCUGUCCCUCACGUUCUUGCUGCUUUGACGCGGGCUACACUUGAGGCACAAACGCCAGAGAGCGAAGCGAAUAUCCGCUGUCUGCUGAGCCCACCUGAUAUCAAGAAUAUUGCUGGCGAUGCUGGCUGGAAAGUUGAACGAGAGACGGAAAUCGUGCCGCAUGAGGGACUGCAAGAUGGAGGCUGGGAAGUUGGAGAUGUGAAAAGUGCGAGUUUUCUUACUGGCGUUGAAGAAUACGUUGCGGAUAGCAAGAUUAAGGUUGUUGUUAGGAGUGGUAGAGAGGCUGUUAUAAGAGCUGUUGAAGGGCUCGACGGUAAAAAGGUGCGGACAAUGGAUGUCUGGGCAGCAACAUUGGUUGAAACAGAUUAA